UCCCGCGCUGCCGCUAGUAGUGAGAGCAUUCCCCUCCUGACCGCUGGGUGCAGCCAUGGCCUCCUCCUCCGCGCGGCCCGCCGUCCUGGCUGUGACUGCUCUAGCGCUGUUCCUGGUGCUGUGCCUGGGUCCAAGUGCCAUAAAUGGAAAUAAACUCAAGCUGGUACUUCAGAAACGGGAAGCACCUGCUCCAAAGAAAACUGAUGUAGCUGUUAAUGAGAACAGAGCCAAAGACUUCUUAGGCAGCCUGAAGCGUCCAAGACGUCAGCUGUGGGACCGGACACGACCAGAGGUCCAGCAGUGGUACCAGCAGUUCCUCUAUAUGGGCUUCGACGAGGCGAAAUUUGAAGAUGACGUCACCUAUUGGCUAAACAGAGAUCGGAACAGACACGACUACUAUGACUACCACCACCGUCACUAUGAUGAAGAUGCUGCCAUUGGUCCCCGGAGCCCAGACAGCUUUAGGCAUGGAGCCAGCGUCAAUUAUGACGACUACUAAUGAUUGUCUCCCGUAUACAAGAAACCUGCAGCAGACUUCUUUCCUCUUCAUGAUGCCUGGCACAAGUUUGUUUCUGUCAUGCUUUGUUUCAGCAUGCUUUGUUUUUUUGACCACUUUCCAUGACCAGAAAGGAAGAGUCAAAACAAUGAUUAUAAAUGCUUUUUGAUAUUUUAUGCAAGUGCCUAACAGUGCAUUUCUUUAAAAAUGGCAAUAAAAGCAUUUUGUUAAAAAGAAAA